ACGAUCCGAGCGCGAGCCCGAGAGUCGCCGACGAUUCCCGAUUAAGGCCACGGGGACAAUUUUCGCGAGGGAGAAAGAGAGAGAGGGAGAUUGAUCGCACAGCGUGUCGCGGCGGUCGCAGAACCAGUUCGCGCUCCAGUUCGCGGUUAUGCAUUUAGUGAGGAUCCGAUGAAGAAGAACGUUUUGUGUGAAUCGUCGUCGAUUGAUCUUCACAUGUGUGGUAAUGGCAAAGUUGAGUAAAUUUAUUCCUAAAAUUGUACGCGGGUUCGUGCAAUGUGCAUGCGUGACGUACUGCGCGUACGAAUACGUUGGAGAUAUUAUCAUGUGUGCUGGACCAUCUAUGGAACCUACACUAUAUGCCAAUGAUAUAUUGUUUGUGGAACGAAUAUCUGUGAGAUUGCAAAGACUCAACAAAGGUGACAUUGUUAUUUCUAAGUGUCCCUACAAUCCAAAGGAAAAUAUAUGCAAGCGGAUUGUAGGUUUGCCAGGAGAUAAAAUUAGGAAUGGUCUUAGUGUAACAACGGUACCUUAUGGACAUAUGUGGUUAGAGGGAGACAACAGCAGUAAUUCAACAGAUUCUCGGAUAUAUGGACCAGUACCUCAAGGAUUAUUGCGUGGAAGGGCUUUAUGUAAAAUAUUCCCAUUCGGUGAUAUAACUUUGUUCACAACGAAACACAUGACCUAAAUUGAUCAUAUGUGCGUGAUAUAGAUAUCUAUUUUUAUCAACAAGAUAUUGAUGAAAAUAUCCAGUACAUUAUUUCAGUUAAAUUACAGUCCCUGGUUGUGGUUAUAAUUGAGUUCCUUGGAAAUUCUUUGGAUAGUUAUUAAAUUUGUAUAAAUUUAUUGUUCCUUGAUAUCUCCAAGAGAAGAUGCAUGUUUUACUUAUUAAGAUCUGAUAAUAUAAAUUUAUUAUAUAUUUUGAAAUGUAUAUCAUGCAAAGGAUCUUUUUUAAGUCAUCUGCUUGAUAUUUGUAAGUUAUCAAUUUGAAGAGCAAUAAAUUGUACAUGUUAUUUUUUUAUAAUAUA